ACCGAGGCAGAUGCAAUGACUGAGGCUGAUGUAAAUCCGAAGGCCUACCCCCUUGCGGAUGCCCACCUCACCAAGAAACUAUUGGAUCUUGUUCAGCAGUCAUGUAACUACAAGCAGCUUCGGAAAGGAGCCAAUGAGGCCACCAAAACCCUCAACAGAGGCAUCUCUGAGUUCAUUGUGAUGGCUGCAGACGCUGAGCCCCUGGAGAUCAUCCUGCACCUUCCGCUGCUGUGUGAAGACAAGAACGUGCCCUACGUGUUUGUGCGCUCCAAGCAGGCCCUGGGGCGGGCCUGUGGGGUCUCCAGGCCUGUCAUUGCCUGUUCUGUCACCAUCAAAGAAGGCUCACAGCUGAAGCAGCAGAUCCAGUCAAUUCAGCAGUCCAUUGAAAGGCUCCUAGUCUAAACUGGUGGUCUCUGCCUCACUCUCCUGGCUGAGUCCUCCCCUAGAGGUUGUGUGUCAUAUUGUCUGUGUUAGCAUGUAGUAUUUCCAGCUACCUUCUAUUGUUAUAAAAUAUUGUAGUACUAAAUCUGGUUUUUGCAUUUUUGUAUUAUUUUUGUUUGGAUUUACAGGUCGUCAUCCACAUCCGCCCCACCCCGCCCCAAAUCUCCCCUUCUACUUUCUCUCUGCCACCUUACCCUCCCUUUUGAAAAAUGAACUACUGCCCAGAACAGGGUGAAGCAGAGUGGUGAUACCAUUCAAAGGCAGAGAAGAGCCAGGAUGGAGAUCUGGUUCCAGCUUCCAGGCACUAACUUUCUACUGUGUGCCAGCAUGAUGGAAGUAAACACCAUCUGCUUUGUAUCCCUUGUGGCUGGCAUAGAGAAUCAUUCCACACAUGUUUGAUGAUCGAGGGGUUUCCUUUGCUCUCUAGGGGAUUGUAUAUCAUUUGGGAGGGAGUAUGUAUUCUGUGAGGUUGUUGGGUGUAUGUCCAAGUGUAAUUUGCUAAUGUAGCUCUGCUGUUUGCUUUUGAUAAUACAGUAUAUUUCCCCCCCAACUUCCAACCCUGCCCCUCAGGGUGGCAGGGCAGCAGCAUAGCAAAGAGAUGUGCUGCAGAAUUCCAGAGGCGCCCUGGGCAAGUGAGACAUGGGGCAGUUGGCCUAAGUCUUGAAGGAGUCCAGAGUGGGAAGAGAAAAGAGGUCACCUGGUGCUGGAAUGAUUCUGGGCAAAUCAUGGAGACCCGACUAGAAGCUGAAAUGAUGGAAUCCAAGGAAACAUCCUCUCUGGUGAAUGGAGAUUUCUUCAGUGGACCCUUGGUACCAGCUCUGAGAGCCCUACCCAUUUCCUGCCACGAUGUGGGUCAGAUGUAUGUAGUCUUUGUUACAAAUGAAGGACAGUGCUCAUGUGUCAUUCUUGAGAGCAUACUAAUAAAGAAAUAUAUUCAUAUUUCAA